AUGGCCUUGUAUCUACGUGACGUCCAUGUGCUUCUCAUUACGUCAUUCCAAUACAUGGUAAUUGACCAACUGAAAAAGCAAACGUCCGAUGGAAAUUCCACGUGUCCAUUGGAUCCAAUGGACACGCGAAAGACCAAUGGACAAUUAGAGAUCCAUUUGACAAAUGGAACGUCCAAUGGCCUUUUGAUUUUUCCAUCGGACAUCUUGCAUGGGUAUUGGACAUUAAUCGGCUUUUCUGAUCACGUUACCGGUGUACUCCUCGGUUCAUGGCGAACUUCUACACAAAAACAGUAUGCGAGUUAUCUUAAAAAAUGGAAUUUAUUCUGUCGUGAAAGGAAAAUUCUUGCACAUUCCCCUACUUUAAAUCAAGUUUUGGAAUUCUUGUACACACAAUAGCAUUUAUCAUAUUCUAGUAUUAACAGUGCCAGAUCAGCGUUAUCAUGUUUUCUUUCUAUUGGUAACUUUCCAGUGGGGAAACACCCAAUAGUUUGUCGUUUCCUAAAAGGAGCAUUUGAACGGAAACCACCUGCCAAUAAGCAUUAUGCUAUCUAUGUCCAAACAGUUUUGGCUUAUCUGAAAACGUUCACCCCUAACAGGGGUUUAAGUCUUAAAGAGCUUAGUCACAAGUUAACAAUGUUAUUGGCUUUGGUGACUAUUCAGCGGAAGCAAACUUUAAUACACCUCAAUAUUAACAAUGGCUGCAUGAUACAAUCAGGUGUUCAAUUUGUGUUUGUUCUUGAUAAGCAUAUCAAACAAAGCAGACCAAAUUAUUCAGUUCCACCUGUUAUUGUUCCUAGGUACACUUUGGAUCCUGAUGUUUGCCCAUAUUUAUGUUUAGAAGAGUAUCUUGAGAAGACAAAACAUUUACGACAAAGUGUCAAUUUACUCGUUGCAGCGAUAAAACCGCAUUGUGCUAUUGGAUCUCAAACUUUAGCUAGAUGGAUUAAAAUUGUCGGUAUUGAUGCAUAA